AAGAGUGAGUGACGGUUUAUAUGAGUGUUAUUGAAGCGAAUAAUUCAGUCCAGCACGAUAUAUUUACUUGUGCUUGCCUUCCAUUUGUUUUAUUCAGUGUUGUGUUGUUGAAAAGCAACCAGCAAUGUUGUUGUGGAGAGUAUGUUUGCUGUGUAUGUUCACCAUUUCGUGGUCGUCUGCUCGCUCGGUGCCGGACGGCUGCCCGAACAAAGAUUCUAACGGACAAUGUGGCUAUCAAAGCUGCAAUCCGACCAAAGAAGGGAUGUUGAAUAUCCACUUGGUUCCUCAUUCACACGACGAUGUCGGAUGGCUGAAGAAUGUGGACCAAUACUAUUACGGAACUAUGUCAUACAUCCAGCAGGCAAAUGUUCAUUCUACACUGGAAACAGCCAGUCAGUCCCUGAUGGCUGACCCGGAUAGGCGUUUCAUUUUUGUCGAAAUGGCCUUCAUGGAUCAGUGGUGGCAGGAUAAGACUCCAUAUAAGAGGCAACAAGUAAAGGAACUGAUAAAUCAAGGUCGGUUAGAAAUAGCUUUGGGAGCUUGGUCGAUGGCUGAUGAGGCAGUCACUCAUUAUACCAGUCUUAUUGAGGAACACAGCAGGGGUUUCAAAUUCCUGGAGAAGAACUUUGGUGCCUGUGCAAGACCCCGGACUGGCUGGCAGGUCGACCCGUUCGGUCAUUCUAAGGAGGUUGCUGCUCUUUUUGCUCAAUUCGGUUACGAUAGCAUGAUGUUUGGUCGUCUCGACUUCCAGGAUAAAGACAAAAGAAUGAGAGAUAAGACGAUGGAAAUGUUAUGGCGGGCAAGCGACAGCCUUGGCAGGAAGGCAAACCUGUUCACGUCGGCCAUGUUUAACAACUACAACUACCCCAAUGGACUUUGCUGGGAUGAAUUCUGUCGACAGGAUCCUAUUGUGGAGCGUAAAGACCUUCCAGAAUAUAAUGCAAACCACUAUCUGCAGCUUUUUAAUAGUGCGGCAGAUGAACAGGCAGAUUCCUAUGCUACCAACCACAUUAUUUUCACAAUGGGAGCCGACUUUCAGUACACGAACGCCGAGAGUUGGUUCACAAACCUGGACAAACUGAUUAAGAUCGUCAAUGAGCAGCAAGCAAGUGGAAGCAAGAUGAAUGCCCUCUACUCCACGCCAUCCUGUUACAUCUACAAUCUGAACAAAGUAAACAAAACAUGGACUGAGAAAACCGAUGAUUUCUUUCCUUACGCUCACAAACGUCAUGCUUUCUGGACAGGCUAUUACACCAGUCGGGCCUCGUUUAAACGUUAUGUCCGAGAGAGCAACAACAUGUUACAAGUGUGUAAACAGGCGAAUGUUUUAGCCAAGCUUGGACAGAGCGCGAAGGUAGAUGACCUUUGGAAAGAGUUCUCAAUUGUACAACAUCAUGAUGCCGUCACGGGCACAGCCAAACAAGAAGUGGACAGAGAUUAUCGUCGAAGGCUUGCAUUUGGAAUAAAUAGCUGUCAGAAUGUUCUAAGAAAAGCCUACAAGAAAUGGUUGCCUGAUAAGAAUAAAUUCUAUGGAAAAAUGGAAUUUUGUAACCAGCUGAAUAUAUCAUCUUGCUUUAUUACCGAAACAUCAGAUACCUUCUUCGUAGCAAUUUACAACCCCAGAGCACAAAAACGUACCCACUGGGUGAGAAUACCUAUAACACCAGUGAAGGCUUUUAAGGUGCUUGAUGCAAAGAACAACAAGAUACCUGUACAGAUUAUUCCACUUUCACAUCAGACGAAACGGUUGCCAGAAAGAGAAACUUCCAUUGCAACGCAUGAACUCGUGUUCUUGGCCUCACUUCCAGCGCUUGGCUACAGCACUUACUUCGUACGACAGACGAAUAAAGACCUUAAUGACCUUCUACCAACGAAUAGCACAUUCUCCGACAACGUCGUAGAAAACGAGUAUAUAAAACUGGAGUUUGACCAUAGUACCGGUUGCCCAUUGACAAUUACCAACAAAGUUAAGAAUAUUAAACGUCCGUUCACACAAAACCUCAAGUACUAUCGUUCUUCAGUAGAUUAUACACAACCGUCUGGAGCGUAUAUAUUCCGUCCCGAACAGCAGAAUCCGGAAAUUUUUCAUCAAGCAAGGGGUUAUAUAUUAAGAGGUAAAUUGGUGACGGAGGUACACCUCAUAUACAACGACUGGGCAAGUCAGGUGAUCAGACUGUAUCAAGGAGCCAAAACUCUGGAAGUAGAGUGGACUGUCGGACCCCUACCUAUUAUAAACAACCAAGGCACAGAAAUAAUUACAGAGUACAACAUUGGACUCAACAAUGACGGAGUGAUCUACACCGAUGCAAACAGUCGUCAGAUGAUGUACAGGAAAAUCAACCAUCGCGAUACAUGGGAUUUCUCUAACUCGGAACCUGUUGCUGGUAAUUAUUACCCCAUCACAAGCAGAGCCUAUAUAAGGGCCGCAAACGAAGACCUCCAGUUUACAGUGUUGACAGAUCGGUCCCAGGGUGGAGGAAGUAUUCGUAAUGGCAGCGUUGAGAUAAUGCUUCACCGUCGAACAACCAAAGACGAUAGACUUGGAGUUGGUGAACCACUAAAUGAGACUUCGGAUGGUGUACAGGGAUUGAUCGUUCGAGGAAAGCAUUGGGUGUUAUUUGAUGGAGUAGAAGAGUCGACACAUUUCCACAGACAAGAAGCCCUGGACAUCUACAAAGAGCCAAUCCUAUCAUUUGCCAAAAUAAACCGGAACAGACGAUCCAAAUUGAACCUUGAGAUGUCUGCUAUGAAAGAACCCCUGCCACCACAGAUCCAUUUGCUGACCCUUGAGGAAUACGACCAGAACAAUAUUCUCAUUCGUCUAGAACACAUUUAUGAAAAGCACGAAGUGAACAGAGAGGUUACCGUCAAUAUACAGGACAUCUUGAUGGAUUUCACUAUUGUCAGAAUCAGAGAAAUGACUCUUGGAGCUAACAUGAAACUUGAGGAAAUUAAUCGUCUGAAAUGGAAAUCAACAAACGUUGACAACACUGGAGAUGAAUAUGAUGACCGCGUACCCAUUAGCGGUACUCUGGUCGUGAUGAAACCGAUGGAGAUUCGAACUCUAAUGGUUAAAGUGACGAAGCAGUGAUUCUAUUUCAAGAUUGCACAGAAUAAUUUCUUACGGUGAAGGGAAUAUAAUUUUUACACAAUGUGUGAACCAAUAAGACGAAGUGAAGUUGGAGAGACGGAGUAGAGAGAGGAAGAAGGGUAGAAGAAAAAGAAAAAGAAGAAAGAGGAGGGAAGUGGUGAGUGAUGGGGAGAAAGAAUGAGAAAAAGGGAGAAAGAGAGAGAGAGAGUGAAAGAGAGGUUGAGUGAAAAACAAAAGAGCAAAAAAGGGAGUUAAGAAAAAGUGCAGACUCUUCCCCCACCUCGACGACAAUAGCAACAAUAGUAACUUGAAUAAGAUACAGCAGAUAGAAGAGCAA